AGGCCCCCGCUCCCCCCGCGCGGCUGCAGGAUGGGGGGCCCUGCCGCCGCUCUCCGCGAGCUGCCUGCGCCCCAGGCCGGAGUGGGCGCUGGCGCCAGAGGGGGCCUUCCCGGGGCCCUGCGCCCUGCGCCCUGGCUUCGGGUGGGACGUCGUAGUCCCCCCACCGACCUCACCUCUGCAUAGGUAGUAGACCCCUUUACCAGCCCUGGAUACAGCCUUGUUAAUUAGAGGUGAUGGCUGUGGGCACAUAGUGACCUAUCAGGACAGUGGCACCAUGACGUCUAAGAAUUAUCCAGGGACUUACCCCAAUCACACGGUUUGUGAAAAGACUCUUCGAGUACCAAAAGGAAAGAAACUGAUUCUGAGGUUAGGGGAUUUGGAUAUUGAAUCCCAGACCUGUGCUUCUGACUACCUUCUCUUCACCAGCAAUUCCGAUCAGUAUGGACCGUAUUGUGGAAGUAUGGCUGUUCCCAAAGAACUCCUACUGAACACGAAUGAAGUCACUGUUCGCUUUGCAAGUGGAUCCCACAUUUCAGGGCGGGGAUUUUUGCUGACCUAUGCCAGCAGUGACCAUCCAGAUUUAAUAACAUGCUUGGAACGAGCUAACCAUUAUUUGAAGACAGAAUACAGCAAAUUCUGCCCAGCUGGUUGUAGAGACAUAGCAGGAGACAUUUCUGGGAAUCUGGUGGAUGGAUACAGAGAUACCUCUUUAUUGUGCAAAGCCGCCAUCCAUGCAGGAAUAAUUGCAGACGAGUUGGGUGGUCAGAUCAGCGUGCUUCAGCGCAAAGGGAUUAGUCGAUAUGAAGGAAUCCUGGCCAACGGCGUGCUCUCAAGAGAUGGUUCCCUGUCAGACAAGCGAUUUCUCUUUACCUCCAAUGGUUGCAGCAGAUCAUUGAGUUUGGAACCUGACACACAAAUCACAGCCUCUUGGCAGUGGGUCAGUGAGAUGGGAGAACAAAUUCACUGGUCCCCCGACCAAGCCCAACUUCAAGACCAAGACCUGUCGUGGGCAGCAGGGGAUGGUGGCAAGAACCGCAAACAGCGAGAGUGGCUGGAGACCGAUUUGGGAGAGAAAAAGAAAAUCACAGGGAUUAUGACCACAGGAUCCACACAGUCAAAUUUCAACUUUUAUGUUAAGAGUUUCGUGAUGAAGUUCAAAAACAACAACUCCAAGUGGAGGAGCUAUAAAGGAAUUGCGAAUAAUAAAGAGAAGGUGUUUCAGGGCAACUCUAAUUUUCGGGAUCCAGUGAGGAACAAUUUCAUCCCUCCCAUCGUGGCCAGAUACAUUCGGGUUGUCCCCCAGACGUGGCAUCAGAGGAUAGCCUUGAAUGUGGAGCUCUUUGGUUGCCAGAUUACACAAGGUAAUGAUUCAUUGGUGUUAAACAAAACAAGUCCAAAUACUGUUGGUUCAUCUGAAAGAGAAGAUGAGACAAUCACAAAAUCCAUCCCCUCUGCAGAAAUACCCACAGGAAUAAACGUCACAGCUGUUGCCCUUCCACUGGUGCUCUUUGGCCUGCUGGUUGCUGGAAUGGGAAUCUUUGCAGCCCUUAGAAAGAGGAAGAAGAAAGGAAAUCCAUAUGGAUCAGCUAAGGCCCAGAAAACAGACUGUUGGAAGCAGAUCAAGUAUCCCUUUGCCCGACAUCAGUCAGCUGAGUUUACCAUCAGCUAUGAUCAUGAGAAGGAAAUGACACAAAAGUUAGAUCUCAUCACAAGCGAUAUGGCAGAUUACCAGCCGCCGCUGCUGAUGGGCACGGGCACGGCGGCGAGGAAGGGCUCCACCUUCCGCCCGAUGGACGCCGAGGCCGCGGGGGCCGAGCCCAGCGCCCCGGCCGGCGGCCACUACGCCCGCCCCCUGCCGGCCGCCCGCCACGAGUACGCCCUGCCCUUGAGCCCCGCCGAGCCCGAGUACGCCACGCCCAUCGUGGGGCGGCCCGCGGCGCGGACGCGCACCUUCCCCGCGCGCGGCGGCUACCGCGUGCCCGGGCCCGCGCCCUACCAGACGCCGCCCGCCGCCCGCCGCCCCGGCCCCCAGCAGCCCGCGGCCGGCGGCCCGACGGCGGAGCGCGCCCGCCCCGACUACCAGGAGCCGCGCGCCGAGCCGGCCGCCCGCGCCGCCUACGCCGCCCCCGGGGGCUGCCUGCGGCCCCCGAGCCCCGCGGCCGUGAGCGCCCCCCUGUGAGCGCCCCCUGGAGGCCGCCGCUGCCGUCCGGGGCGGGCUGCUGCGGCCCUGGGAGCCGGCCGCGGGGCGCCCCCCCGGGAUCCUGCGGGGAGCCCCAGGGACCGCCCCGGGCUCCUACUGUUUACAAAGCGGUGCGCCUGGUUCCGCGCGACCCCGGGGACGAGAGCCCGGGGCUGCGUCGCGCUGGGCAAGGACAGCUUUCAGAUGGCGUUUCCAUUUCUCUAACUGUGAGACCGAGCUGCUUUAGCAUAAACGUGCAAUCUGUACAGAGUCGUAUUUAACGUGAAUUAAAGUAACUUAAGUUCGCCUUGUCGGAUGUGGGUCCUGCCGCGAGGGUAAGGCGGAGAGCGGGGCUGCGCGGAACCGUGCGCCAGAGGACGGUCACCCUGGGAGCGCGUCCUACCGCGCUGCCGCCGCGGGUCUGUUGAAACUUCACCUUGUUGCCAGUGGGGGCGCCUUGCCCCUGCUGGGGUAACUAGAAUGAAAAGAAAAGCGUGGCUGACGCUGUUCUGGAAGGAACGAGAUCGCUUGAAGCCCCGCGGGGUGGCUGUCGCGGGAGGGCUGCAGGGGAAAGCAGAGGCGGCCGCGCCAGUCCCCGGGCCACCUCCCCACCACCCCCCCGGGAUGGGCUGGGCGGCGGCCAGUAGGUCCCUGGGGGCCGCGGGGCCUCCCUUGCCUGGGGGACCCAGCUCCCCAGGGACCCCACUUUGCUCCCUCCUCACCGGGGCCUAGCGGGCCCUGGACGGCUGUCACAUGCAAACCCACCUUUUCAGACCGCCUGCCAGGCCACCCAGUGCUGAGAUGCCACCCAGCCAAGGGAAGGAAGGUGGCACCGCCUUGCCAGUCUGAAUGACUGUGGCAGAUGCUUCGUACCUCACAUUAAAAAUAUUGCUGGGGCCAGACGCCCUCACUUUUUGGGACUUUCUUCAAAAAACAACCCAUUGUAACGAUGAAACACAAAGUUAUUUGAGGUGUCUUCUUCCUUACAAAAGCGACCGAGGCCAAAUCCACAUAGAGCUUUUCUCCCGGGAUGGCUGGGAACUGAACUGGUUUUGAGUCUUAGAAAAUCGGCGUGUCUCUGAUUCCAGAUUAGCCCAGACCUCAGCUGUACCUCAUGCUCAGUGCUUUUAAUCUGGGUUUGCUUUGAGUUCACUGUGGGGGAUUUUGCCUCUUUUGCCAAAGAGGAAAGUAUGUGUUUGUUUUGACAAAAAAAAAUGUGGACCAAAAAAAUCAUUUACCUAAAAAAAAAAAAAUAAUAAUGUAUUAUAAUUCUGUUUGUAUGACUCUGACUUUCUGUGAAACGAUAAAUAUUAAAAUAGGGUGCUGGAAGUUCACAGCAGACUUUUGGGUUAUUUUAGAGGAUAACCCGUUUAUUUUGUGGAGUUUACAUGGUUUUAUAUGCAUACUAAUUGUAAUAAUAAACUAUCCCAAAUCA